AUGGCGUUGCCUCGGCGCCAGCGUUCGGUCCUCUGCGAGCAGUCCUCGAUGUCUGCCACUCAAGAGGAUGGUCCAUCUCUCGACCAUGGUGUAACAGGGAUCAUCUUCUACUUCCACGGCAAGAAAGACGCCGACUUCUGUCUGGUCUCCGACCCCAACCUCCACAUCAACGCCCACUUCAUCGGCAAACGCAAUCCCAACCUCACCCGCGACUUCACCUGGGUCCAAUCCCUCGGAAUCCUCUUCCACCGCCAUAAGCUCUUCCUCGCCGCACAAAAAACCUCCAUUUGGAACGACGACGUCGACCGCCUCUCCCUCUCCCUCGACGGCGACUCCAUACCCCUCCCCGCCGGCGACUACACCACGUGGCGGUCGCAGAACUCGCCGCAUCAAAUCAUCGUCUCGAGGAGCGGGACGGCGAACUUGGUGGAGGUAGAGGUCGAAGGGAUAUUCAAGAUUAGAGCGAGGGUGGUUCCGAUCAUGGAGAAGGAGUCGCGGAUCCAUAACUACGGCGUCACGGAGGAGGAUUGCUUGGCACAUUUGGAUCUGAGCUUUAGGUUUUAUCCCCUGAGUGGUGAUGUUGAGGGCGUCUUGGGAAGGACUUAUGGGAGGAACUACGUGAGCAAGGUGAAGAUGGGAGUGGCGAUGCCGGUUGUCGGCGGAGACAGGGAGUUUGCGGCGUCGAGUCUGUUCGCGGCGGAUUGCACGGUGGCGAGAUUCGGGAACGGAGAUGAUGGGAGUGUUUUGGAGGAGGAGUUUGGGGACCUCAACUGUGCUACUACUGGAAUUGAUGGUCGUGGUGUUGAUUUAGUUGGUCUCCUCGAUGAUCACACGGUUGGCGGUGUCGUUUUCGGUGCCGGCGAGGUUUCCGACGCCAAUUGUAUCAUGAAGGACGAGGAUGGCGACGAAGCCAUAGAGGAUGGUAAUCCAGAUAUUGUUGAAGGUCUUCUAGAUUUGGGUGCCACAAGGUAA